AAACAUCAGACCUGAUCAGUGACAGAUACAGAGGAGAACCGACACCAGAACAUGUCACUAGAAUAUCAGGAGUUCCAGAACGUUCGCGAGGACGCGGCACCGGGCAGCAGCGCAGGAUUCAGCCUGUGGAGAAAGCCAGGUAAAUAUCAUAUGGGUUUGGCGAUGAGCAGAGGGGUCUCGCUGCCCCCCUAUCUGAUCUGCGCCCUGUCCGUGGUGUGUGCUGCUCUCAUCAUCAUCAUCAUCCUCGUGGUGGCCCUGACAAACAAUGGGGUAAACCGGACAGAGCAGAGCUUCGAAUCCAAGCUUGGAAAUCUGAGUGCCAGUCUAAACUCAAUAGUGGUGCGUCUGUCUCAGGAUGGUGCUGUAAUGAAGGAGAAGCUGAAGGACAUUGAGGCAACGAUAAAGGACCGCUCUAAAGAUACAACCAUGAUGAGCAAACUGACGGAGAUAAGCGCAUCGGUGGCGAGGAUUCUGUCUGAUGAAGUCACAGGAUCAUUUCAGAGCGAUAUUCAGAGGAUAUUAGAUGCUGUUGGAAAAAUGAGAGAAGAGAUGCGGAAAGAAAAUGGGACACAGGACCCUCUCUGCAGCAUUGACUGGAGUCACUACGCAAUGAGCUGCUAUUACCUGUCCAGGAGAAUCCGAACAUGGGACGGGGCCAAGAAGGACUGUGAGGACAAAAAAGCUCAUCUGGUCGUAAUCACCAGCGCUGAGGAGCAGGAAUUUAUAGGCCGGAUGACCCGGGACAUAAGAACUUGGAUCGGUCUCACGGAUCAGGACGGCAGCUGGAAAUGGGUGGAUGGGACAUCAUAUGACUCUUCUCCAAAGUUUUGGCGGUCUGAUCAACCGGAUAACUGGUUUGGUCAUGGUCUCGGAGGAGGUGAGGACUGCGCUCAGUUUUGGAGUUAUGAUGACACUAACUACUCGUGGAAUGAUGACCACUGCUCUCGGCGCUUUCUGUACAUAUGUGAAAUGAAAAUUUAAUAUAGCAGCCAUUAGCCAGGAUUCCCCUUUUCCCUGUACCAGCACAACGACUGCUCAGGAUAUUAGUCUGAUAGUAAAUGUAUCUACUAAUGACCAUUUCAGUUUCCUUACCAUAUUACCGUAGAUCUCCAUGUGAUGCCGCAGAUAUAGGAACAUUGUGGAAUGUCAUCCAUAUACAGCUGCUCACAUGUAUUCAUUUACGUAAUAAUGAAUCACCAACAAUAAUGCCAUUCACUCAGGUUCUGCAUGAGUUAUGCCCACUACUUUGGACCUCCAUCCUUAAGAACCUUCAUCAUCAAGACCUUCCAUUCCUCCAUAAUUAAUGCCUUAGACUGUGCUUUCAUCUCUGAACCAUCACAUUGUAUGCCUUACAUUCUGGACCAACAUAUUUAAUGUCUUCAUUCUGGGCCUCCAUCAUUCAGGACAUCCACCCUGGUCCCAUUCUGCAGGCCAGUCACAUUAAGACAAAGUUAUUUAGCCAUCCACUCCGUCUUGCAUCAUUCAGUCCAUCUAUUAAGAGUUUUUUGCUAUUGUACUUAGUGGUCACACCAGGCGAGAUCUCCAUUCAGGGGCAAAACAUUUCCCAUAAACAGUUCCCCCGAGAUGAUCUAGAGUAACCGGGCUAGUCACUACCUCACCCAGCAACCAGGCACUGCAGUGCUGUUGACUUUCUAUGGUCUACUUCUCCAUGGAUUCCUCACUACACAUGAUGGUUGGCAGCAACGUGGAUCUGAGGACCACUUUCUCUUUCACUUUCACUUUCUCAGCUCAGAUCCCCAAAGACAAUGGAAUCUGAGCAGGACCGACCUUAUCACUACAGGAUCCAGGAGAUGUGCCUGAGGCCUCUGCCACCUCCUCUCACCCUCUGAGAGGACUUGGUUUAUACUCCUAUAAAUGCGGAGUCCUCAAGCCUGUCUCUGUACUGGACUACCAGCCUCUCAGAAAGGCCUAAGGCCUAUUGCUCCUAUCCGGCCUUCCCAACUAGGGCCUGCCAGAAUGGAUACCUCUCUGCUUCACCAAACUGCUUCAACAUGCAAGCCACCAGCUCUCACCUAUUCUCCUCCUCCACCUUGGGUUCCAACCCAUGCAACCAGCUGCUGCCACACUGACCCUGAACUAGCUACUGACAAUGUCUAGUGCUGGGUGGGGGUCCUAGCCUCUGCCGAAGGAGACUACUCGAAAAAGCACCAACAACCUGAGCUCACCUGCCUGGGAGCAGCAGCAGUACAGGAAAAGUAGAGAGAUACAGGACAGCUCUGUCACUACACCUCCAUCCUAUCCUGUAUCUCUCUACUAUUCCUGUACUGACCUCACACACACAGCUCUGUCACUACACCUCCAUCCUGUCCUGUAUCUCUCUACUUUUCCUGUACUGAUCCCACACACAGCACUGUCACUACACCUCCAUCCUAUACUGUAUCUCUCUACUAUUCCUGUACUGACCCCACACACAUCUGUCACUACACCUCCAUCCUGUCCUGUAUCUCUCUACUAUUCCUGUACUGACCCCACACACACACACACACACACACACACACACACACACACACACACACACACACACACACAGCUCUGUCACUACACCUCCAUCCUGCCCUGUAUAUCUCUACUAUUCCUGUACUGACCCCACACUCACAGCUCUGUCACUACACCUCCAUCCUGUCCUGUAUCUCUCUGCUAUUCCUGUACUAACCCCACACAUACAGCUCUGUCACUACAUCUCCAUCCUGUCCUGUAUCUCUCUGCUAUUCCUGUACUAACCUCACACACACACACACACACACACACACACACACACACACAUAUUUGUCACUACACCUCCAUCCUGUCCUGUAUCUCUCUACUAUUCCUGUACUGACCCCACACACACACACACACACACACACACAGCUCUGUCACUACACCUCCAUCCUGCCCUUUAUAUCUCUACUAUUCCUAUACUGACCACACACACACAGCUCUGUCACUACACCUCCAUCCUGUCCUGUAUCUCUCUGCUAUUCCUGUACUAACCCCACACAUACAGCUCUGUCACUACAUCUCCAUCCUGUCCUGUAUCUCUCUGCUAUUCCUGUACUAACCUCACACACACACACACACACACACACACACACACAGCUCUGUCACUACACCUCCAUCCUGUCCUGUAAAUAAAAUAAUUUUGGGGGAUGGUUUCGGUUGGGGUUUUACAAAAAGUUUCGGUUGGGGUUUUGCAAAAGUUUAAGCAAGUUUUGUAGACUGGAACCACUUGAAAUAUUAUAUAUCUCCUCUUAUAGAGGCCAUGCUUUAAGUAUUGUUUAAUUGCACAACACUUGUCCCCUGUACAGGUUGGCUAUGGGAUGCCCUAGUUAACGUUGUGCCCCAUAGUAGUGCCCCCACGUUGUGCCCCAUAGUAGUGACCUAGUUAAUGUUGUGCCCCAUAGUAGUGACCUAGUUAAUGUUGUGCCCCAUAGCAGUGCCCUAGUUAACGUUGUGCCCCAUAGCAGUGCCCUAGUUAACGUUGUGCCCCAAGCAGUGCCCUAGUUAACGUUGUGCCCCAUAGCAGUGCCCUAGUUAAUGUUGUGCCCCAUAGCAGUGCCCUAGUUAAUGUUGUGCCCCAUAGCAGUGCCCUAGUUAAUGUUGUGCCCCAUAGCAGUGCCCUAGUUAAUGUUGUGCCCCAUAGUAGUGACCUAGUUAAUGUUGUGCCCCAUAGCAGUGCCCUAGUUAAUGUUGUGCCCCAUAGUAGUGACCUAGUUAAUGUUGUGCCCCAUAGCAGUGCCCUAGUUAAUGUUGUGCCCCAUAGCAGUGCCCUAGUUAACGUUGUGCUCCAUAGCAGUGCCCUAGUUAAUGUUGUGCCCCAUAGCAGUGCCCUAGUUAACGUUGUGCUCCAUAGCAGUGCCCUAGUUAAUGUUGUGCCCCAUAGCAGUGCCCUAGUUAAUGUUGUGCCCCAUAGUAGUGACCUAGUUAAUGUUGUGCCCCAUAGCAGUGCCCUAGUUAAUGUUGUGCCCCAUAGUAGUGACCUAGUUAAUGUUGUGCCCCAUAGCAGUGCCCUAGUUAAUGUUGUGCCCCAUAGCAGUGCCCUAGUUAACGUUGUGCUCCAUAGCAGUGCCCUAGUUAAUGUUGUGCCCCAUAGCAGUGCCCUAGUUAAUGUUGUGCCCCAUAGCAGUGCCCUAGUUAAUGUUGUGCCCCAUAGUAGUGCCCUAGUUAAUGUUGUGCCCCAUAGCAGUGCCCUAGUUAACGUUGUGCUCCAUAGCAGUGCCCUAGUUAAUGUUGUGCCCCAUAGCAGUGCCCUAGUUAACGUUGUGCCCCAUAGCAGUGCCCUAGUUAACGUUGUGCUCCAUAGCAGUGCCCUAGUUAACGUUGUGCCCCAUAGCAGUGCCCUAGUUAAUGUUGUGCCCCAUAGCAGUGCCCUAGUUAACGUUGUGCCCCAUAGCAGUGCCCUAGUUAAUGUUGUACCCCAUAGCAGUGCCCUAGUUAAUGUUGUGCCCCAUAGUAGUGCCAUAGUAUAUUUUAGGAAUCAUGGUAGUGCCCUUCUUCAUGUUAUGUCGCUUUGUAGGGCUGCCAGGACAUGUUAUGCAACACAGUACCACAAAUUCACAUUAUGAUAUACAGUGUCCCCGGUUCAUAUUCUGCCACCUUACAGUUCCUCUAGUUCAUAUCAUGCCACAUUACAAUGAGCAGGUCCAGGGGCAUACCUAGAUAUAAGGCCAAAGUUUGUAAGGGCCCUUAUGUACCAACCCAUGGUGAAAUAUGUAUAUAACACAUGUAACGUUUAUUGUAAAGGCGGGCCCUCCGAGCUCAGGUCCCCAUAGCCACCUUCUCCGCUAAUACCUGACAAGCGGCGCAGAUUUCCUCUAACGUUUAGGAAAAAAGUGAUUGAAGAACACCACCUUCCAUUGAUCUAUCCGCCAUUAGAGGACCGCAUUGGUCAGUAGGAUGUGUAUGCUGUGUGUCUUUUCAUGUUUUCAAGAAUGUAUGGUAAGUUGCACAAAAAUUAGAAAAAAUGCAAUAUUUAGAAAAUAUAAUAAGAAUUAUAUGUAGGAAUUGAGCUCAUAUAUUCUACUGUGAAAUAAUAAACAAUAUAUUGAAAAGAACUUUGAGGCUCAGUAAGAUUAUUGAUGUCCGGGUGACCUUGUGGUAAAAUGAACUAAGGGGGGGAUUCAGAGAUGAUCGUAGAUGAGAUAAAUUUAGUACAUCUACGAUCAGAUUCUCUGACGUGGGGGGACGCCCAGCACAGGGCUAGUCAGCCCCGCAUGUCAGGCCCUGCCCCCCAUCCCCCCUGCACAAGCGCAAAAGCAUUGCACGGGGGUGAUGCUUUUGAACCUGCUGAGUAGCUCUCCGCCUGCGCAUCCUGCUGCGCUGGCAGGCAUCUACCCGCCAUAUUUUGGGUCACAGUGGCUGGACACACCUGCAUUGUCCGGACCACGCCCCCCCAACAGCGUUCUAAUGCCAUUCACACAGUCCUGUCUACCACCACAUAACUGACCCUAAGGAUGACAUCAGGGCCAUCUGAAUAUAUAGGCACACAGGGCAGCUGCCUAGGGCACCAGAAUUCUAGGGGCCUCCGAGCAGAAGCAUGUGGUGAGGCAGCAUUCUCUUCCUGCCUCCUCCCAGCCUGCAGCCAGACAGUGAGUGGCUGUCAUCAUGCUGAUUGGUGGAUGGCUGUAGCUAUCCACCAAUCAGAGUUCUGUCAGACAUUCACUGUAUGGAAGCAGGUGGAGAGAUGGACAGGACUGUAGCGCUUUGCACCUGACCUACAAUACUGUUAAGACGGUUCUGAUUGACAUAUACUGUAAACACAAUUUACUUAAUUUAAUAAUUUUUGCUGAAUUUUUCUGUAAGAAACUUGUGUCCUGGCGGUGCUAUGAAAAAAAUUAUGAUAUUCCAGGGAACAGUGACUGAAGAAAGUUUGGA